GAGGCGGCCGAACGCGCGGCGAGGGCGGCGCGUGCUGAGGCCCAGCGGGCGGCCGCGGAGGCCGAGGCGGCCGAGGCGGAGACGCGGCGGGCGGCCGCGUGGCGCGAGGCGGAGCGUGCCGCCGACGAGCGCGAGCGCAUGGGCGCGGAGGACGCGGCGGCCCGGUGCAGGUCGGCCACACGCAUGGGGGGUAGGGCGGGGGGCCGCCCAGGAGGCGCGCGCGGAGCGGGAGCGUCGCCGGGAGGCGGAGGCGAUGGCCUCCGAGGACGGGGCGUCGAGGCGGGCCGAGCGCGCGACCGCCACGAGGCUCAAGGAGGAGAGGAGCGGCGCUUCGCGUCGCAGAAGGCGGAGCACUUGCGCUGCGCCCGGCAGGCGGCCUGCGACCGCGCGGGGGAAGAGCGCCGCCGCAGCGCCGAGGCGCUGCGCCAGGAACGCCUCGCCGCCGCGGCCACCGCGGCCGCCGCCGAGGCGGAGGCCGCCGCGGCGGCCGCCGCCGAGGAGGCCUCGCGACGCGAGCGCGGGGAGGCGCGGCGCCGACAGGAGCUGCUGGCGGAGGAGCGGCGCAGCUUCGAGGAGCUCUUCCGCCUCAAGCGGGCGGCCAUCCGGGAGUACCGCCGGCACGAGGCCGGCGAGGGUGCACCCUCGCCACGGGAGGUGGCCCCGACCUCGCCGUGCCCCGGCGCCGGAGCCGGGACGCGGCCGGAGCAGCCGGCUGCGGCUCCCGUGCCAGCGGCUGGGCCCGGGUCGUUUGGCGGCUCCGGGAUCCUGGAGUUUGCCAGACACUUUCCGCACACGCCGGCAGCCUCGACAGAACGCUGGACAGAAGCCUGGACGAGGGAACCUUUUUCACCGCGCAGGAUUGCUGACGCCCUGGCGGCAGAAAGUAAAUUCGAGGGGACGUGUGGAGCGGUGGAAUGCGCAGGGGUAGGGAG